AUGCAGCAAGAUACUGAAGAAUUUCUUAGACACAUAAGAGAAUUAAGAGGCAAAAUAAAUGAUGUUAAACAGCAACUAUCAAAAAUUACCAAGAGUGAUCAAUUGAAAACGAUCAAUGGCGUCUCUCUCUUUGACGUGAAAAACAUUGGUCUGCUUCAGUAUAUCACAAAUCUUGCUUUCUUAAUUCAUAUAAAGUUGGACGGGAAACCGUUAUCUGAGCAUCCUGUCGUCAUGAAUCUGGUCGAAUUACGUGUUGUAUUGGAGAAGAUUAAGCCAAUAGAACAAAAACUAAAGUAUCAAAUCGAUAAGUUAAUACGAACAGCUAAAUUUGGGGAGAAUAUUGAAACAGAAAAAGCCACUGCAAAAACAGCAUUGAUCGAUCCACUGUCAUUCAAGCCAAAUCCAGAUAAUUUUGUUGCUGGAGCGGAAGAAUCCAAAAACGAUGAUGUGACUGAGGGUUCUCAAGGCGUAUACAAAGCGCCAAAACUAGCACCUGUGCAUUUUGAAGAAGACAAAGGAAAACUCUCCAAACGCGAAAAGGAGCGUGCUCGUGCUCUUGUUCGAGCAUCGAAAUCACGUUUAAUGAAAGAUAUAAUAACAGAAUACGAUGAUCGUCCCGAAGAAGUUGCUGUAAUAGGUGCCAGUCAGGAAAGCAUAGCUCAAUUAGACGAUAAGGAUAAGCAAAAGAUAGCAGAACGCGAACGAUACGAAGAGGAAAACUUUGUGAGGCUUGUCUUACCGAAGAAAGAGUUGAAAAGAAUGAAGGCCAGUACAGUAAGAGAACUGGAGAACGAGUUUGAGAAUUUGAAUGAUUUCAGCAACCUGGUUAACGUUCACGAAGACGUUCGACCGAGCGAUGCAAAUGUCCUUGCACGUCGUAAAAGUCGGGAGAAAAUGAUUAAUGAUGAAGAAAUGGAUGAGGAUGCAGACGAACCUAUCCAACAAUCUCGCAAAAAUAAUAAGCGACAUGAAUUGUUCGAUGGUCUUUUGACAGACCCAAGCAAGAUCAAAAAGCGAAGGACAAAAUUCGAGACUUUAAAGAGAAGAAUGAAACGGCAAAAGAGAUAA